UAGUCUGCAGAAUACACCGACACCGGUGCGGUGCACUGCAAACAUAAAUUUAAAAAAAGAACUUAUUAUUUUUUUUUGACGAAAACAUGUAUAUAAAGUUGACAGUUCUAGGUCCAUAAUUAGUUGUAGUGAGUGUGUGCAUUGGUGCGGAUACAUUAAAAAAAAAUAGUACAGAUAAUUAAAAUAGCAAUUUAAAAAAUACUGUCGACCAGUUUUUGCUAUUUUAAAAUUAUUAAAAGUAAAAAUAAUAUAUACAAAAUGAUUGCGUCUACAGUUUUCAUCUUGUCCUGUUUGUAUGGUCUAAGUCACCAAGCUGAAUGGUCUUACGAUUUUGAAACCCUCUGGCCCGGAAAAUGCACAACUGGCCAGCAACAGUCACCCAUCAACAUCAUGACCAGGGAUACGGUGCUCGACGUCAGCGGCACCCACAUCCAGGGCCCUCUCGUCUUCAGAGGGUACUCCAAUGUGAAGCUAUCCGCACACAACAAUGGUCACACUCUCCGCUGGGACAACGUGGACGGGAACCCCCCACCAGUACUCAUGGGAGGCCCCCUCAUUGGCAACUACACCUUCAUGCAGUUCCACCUCCACUGGCUCUCCGAACAUGCCAUAGAUGGAAUCAAGUAUCCUUUGGAGAUCCACAUGGUGCACAUCAAGACAGGAUUGACGGUAGACGAGGCUGUGACCAGACCUGAUGGACUUGCGGUUCUUGGAGUCAUGGCACAGGUUGUCUACGGAGAAGGCAGCUCAUUCGCACUAGAUCAAAUAAUGCCAAUGAUCCCGGAAAUUCUCGCUUCAGGCAAACGCACAGACCCUUCCAGUAUUGAUUUAUCGCGGUUGUUCAGCCCUGAGCCACAGUCCUACUUCACGUACCACGGCUCCCUGACCACACCCAUGUGCCAGGAGGUGGUCACGUGGAUCGUCCAUGAUAAGCCGCUGCUCAUUUCUGAUGACCAGUACAAAAUCUUCGGCGAAGUGGACGUUGGUGGCAUUGACAACUACAGAAGCUUGCAGCGCGUCAACCGCGUAGUGUACCGGUCCAUGGCUUCCUGUGCCUUCUCCCUGUCACCAAGCCUCCUCAGCACCUUGGCUGGCUUGUUCCACUGCGUGUCCACGAGGGUCACGAGCAGUAUCGGCAAGGGCCUCUGCUAUAUCCUCAACUUCAAAAGAAAAUUCUUCGGAAAUGCUGUUAAGGAAUGCUCGAAAGUCGCCAUUUCGUAAAAACUGUUUUAAAUGGAUGACCAGAUGUUUUAAACUGGUCACUUAAAAGUGUAACCUUGAGUAGUCAGCAAACCUCCUCAGAAACUUGGUUGGACUGUUCCACUGCGUCUCCACGAGGGUCACGAGCAGAAUUGGCAACGAGUUAUGCUACACCCUCAACUUAAGAAAAAAUUCUUCAAAAACGCCGUUUAAGAUUGCUCAAAGGUUGCAAUUUUGUAAUUUGUCUGUAGUUGUUACCUUUUACAAUGUUGUAUCACAAAAUACUCGUAACUUGCCAAUCGAAAGUUUCACCUUUAAUAAUAUUUCAUCUUUAAAGUUAUGCUUUCCCAUAAAUUCACAGAGAGUAUUAAUAAAGACCUGUGCUAUGUCAUGGUUUAAGAGGAAAUUCUUUAGAAAACCUGUUUAAAGUAAUGCUCAAAAGUCGUCACUUUGUAGCUUAUCUUUUAAGUUAGAUAGAUAUGUUACAAGAUAAUAUUCUGCAGGAACACUAUCAAAAACUUUUUCUAAGUUGCCAAAUCAUAGGUAUUCUUUUAAUAAUGUAUUGAAUAAUAAUGUAUUGAAUUAUUACUAAGAAUUACUAACUGUAAUACACAUCAUCCCCUAUUCAUGUUUCUUGUACUCAAUUAAUUUGGGUUUCCAAGGAAUAAUAAAGAUUCUCUCUUCUUGUCUUAUAUAAAAAAGGACGUUUCAGAAAAUCUUUUAGUUGUAAGAAACAAUUUAGGAAAUUGAUAUUAUAUUAAUGUAACUAGGUAGUUAUUUAAUAAUUCGUAUAAUUCCUUCAAAAUUCUGUCUUCAAAUCUAUUGAGAAACCUCAUGUUUCUGAUUCGAGAUCUAAAUAAAUUUUCCUUUUUUCUGAAAUUAAAAAUUCUUCAUUUUUUCAGAAUAAGCUAUAAAUGGCUCUUACGAUGAUCUCACAUUAAUGUUACCAUUAUUAUUAUCAAUUCCAUAAAGGUUGCACUUAAAAUAUCCUUCAAUUAAUUGCAUGUAAUUAAGUUCUUUUACAUACAUACAUACAUACAUAUCAUCACGUCUAUAUCCCUUACGGGGUAGACAGAGCCAACAGUCUUGAAAAGACUGAAAGGCCACGUUCAGCUAUUUGGCUUAAUGAUAGAAUUGAGAUUCAAAUAGUGACAGGUUGCUAGCCUGUCGCCUAAAAAAGAAUCCCUUGUUUGUAAGUUCUUUUAUCUUUCAAAAAUAGUCAAAAUCCUUAUCAUUUCAUCGUAAAUUAAAUGCAAAUGAUAAACUAAUACCAAUAAGAUCUCUAAGAAGAUUAUCACUUUUUAAUAGCCGAUAAAAAUAAUAAAUAUCUUUAUGUAGAUUGUAGACAUCUUGAUCCAACAAUAAGACUUUAUCAUUGAGAUUAUUGUGUAUUUAAUGACUCAUUAAUUUAAAUAAAACAUUGAUAACAUCCUUUAUUGAUUAACAUCUGUUGCGUAUAGCGCGCGUCUGAUGCCAAAAACAGUUUAAAAUUGAUAAGAUCAAUGAUUUUUUUUGAUUGGAACGAAUUUCAAACAAUUAUCAUGAAAACGUGUAAACGGUAAAUGCUAGUAUUGGGGAUUUAAAAUUAAAAAAAAAUGUUUAUAACAUUGCCACAAAAAUAUCACUGAAAUUAAGUAGUUAUCAGGGAAAGGAAUUUCGGAGGAACUUUAGCUAGUAAUAUUGUGAUUAUUGAAGCAGGAUUAUCAUAAUUGAUAUCAAUAUUAUUUUUAUAAUUUUUAUUUAUAAUGGAUUUGGACUUGCCAAUCUCAGAAGCUUUCAGUUUACCUGAAAAUUUAACUUACUUCACAGUUAUUUUUAUUGAAUCAUUUAUGGAGGUUUUCAAACUAUGUCUUUGAAUUAGCAAACUCCUAAGUUUCAGUAACUUAAAAGAUAUGAAAUUACCCUUUGCCCACUAGUCAUAAGUUUAGACGUUAAAAAUAAGUCUUGUCAAUUAAGAUUAUCUUAUUAAUGUAUAUUUUUAGAAACGUAACGAUUAUCUUGAUAUUGAUUGUAAAGAUUAUUUAUUUAUGAACUUUCUUCGUCAUUAUCUUAAAUCAUAUUUCCUGUUUUGUUCAGUUUUACAUUGAUAUGAUCGGUAUGAUCAUAAUUUAUGAUUAAGGAAAUUUAUAAUAUACUUAAUAAUUAUUAUCCUUUAUUUUGUUAAAAGAUACAGAAAUUUUCCACUUACUAAUUAAUUCUAAUUUUCAAUUAGAAUACUUAUAACAUUUUCGUAUUUUUUUUCAUCUUCUGUAGAAGAAUACAUAAGCGGUAUUAAUCAAGUAGGUAGUCCAAUCACACUCAAUUUUAGUCAAAUCUGUCUCGGCAAGUAAAUAACCUAUCAAUCACCCUAUGUUUUGGAAUAUAAUGAAAUGUGCAAUAAUAAUAAAGUUGAGAUUUAGAAUAAUAAGUGACAAGUGUAAAUAGUUGAAGGGGCUGUGAGUUUGUGUAUUUUAUUGUAUUUUAACUUGACUAGACUUAGACAAGUCUUCAAUUAUUAUCCCAUCGUUUAAAUUAAUUAAACUUAUUAAAAUAAUA